AUGCGUUGGUGUUUAGUACACAGUCCAAGUUGCAAGCAGUGGAGUAGCAACGCAAUCCAAGCAUUGUUUUCUACUUUUCUCAUACUCUUCUCUCUUUCCCUACUUUCCACCUCAAACUUUCAAUUCCCACUUGUUCAAUCGCAGAUCCACACCAAGGAGCAUAGUUCUCAUAAGCUGUUUCCAAAGCUACGUGCCAAUCCAGGGCUUACUUUUAAUACUUUCUUCAUCCUUUCAUUCUGCACCUACUGGAAAGCCGUUGUAUUUGAAUUGUUAUGCUUUUGUAGCCUAUUUUCACAAGAAUAUAUCUUCAUAUGGUUGCAUGUUGAUGGGGGGCCAUUGCUAUUCUACUUUCUAUCACUCUGCUUGCUGGUGGAAAGACUCCAAUGUCUCACUAGUGAUGGUGAAGCUCUUGUAAACUUCCGAACAAACAUUAUUAGUUCAGAUGGUAUGCUUCAUCAAUGGAGGCCAGAAGAUCCUGAUCCAUGUGAGUGGAAAGGGGUUACAUGUGAUUUAAAGACCAAAAGAGUUGUAUAUCUGAAUCUUUCCAAUCACAAGUUGAGUGGACCCAUAUCACCAGAUAUUGGAAGGCUAGAUAAUUUAAAAUUUUUAGAUCUUCAUUACAACAACUUUUAUGGGGCAAUUCCUCCAGAGUUGGGAAAUUGUACAGAGCUUCAAGGCUUAUUUUUGCAGAAUAAUUACUUAAGUGGGUUUAUUCCUACUGAAAUAGGAAAUCUUUCGAAUCUUCAAACAUUGGAUGUUUCUAGCAACUCAUUGAGUGGAAGUAUUCCCACAUCACUUGGGAAUUUGAGGAGCCUUUUAAAUUUCAAUGUCUCCAACAAUUUUCUAGCAGGGCCAAUCCCAUCUGAUGGUGUUCUUGACCAAUUUGGAACUGCCUCUUUUCUUGGAAACCGUGGCUUGUGUGGGAAGCAUAUUAAUCAGUUAUGCAAAGAUGAUGAUGGAGGUUCAACAGGCUCACAGCCUACAGGAAGCCAGAAUGUAAAGAAAAACUCUGGGAGGCUACUUAUCAGUGCUUCUGCUACUGUGGGUGCAUUGCUUCUUGUUGCACUUAUGUGUUUCUGGGGUUGUUUUCUUUACAAAAAACUCGGUAAAAAUGAUGCCAAAGGUCUUGCAGUAGAUGUUGGUGGAGGUGCAUCGAUUGUGAUGUUUCAUGGAGACUUGCCAUACUCUUCAAAAGAUAUUAUAAAAAAGCUGGAAACUUUAAAUGAAGAACAUGUAAUUGGUGCUGGAGGAUUUGGAACAGUCUACAAACUAUCAAUGGAUGAUGGAAACGUAUUUGCAUUGAAAAGAAUACUAAAAUUAAACGAAGGAUUUGAUCGAUUCUUUGAAAGAGAGCUUGAAAUUCUUGGAAGCAUUAAACACAGAUAUCUAGUAAAUCUAAGAGGAUAUUGCAACUCUCCAACUUCUAAAUUGUUAAUAUAUGAUUACUUAUCUGGUGGUAGUCUAGAUGAAGCUCUACAUGAAAAAUCUGAGCUUCUAGAUUGGGAUGCUCGACUUAAUGUGAUUAUGGGAGCUGCAAAAGGAUUAGCUUAUUUGCAUCAUGAUUGUUCACCUCGAAUCAUUCACAGAGAUAUAAAAUCAAGUAACAUUUUACUUGAUGGAAAUUUUGAGGCUAGGGUUUCUGAUUUUGGACUUGCAAAACUCUUGGAAGAUGAAGAAUCUCAUAUCACAACAAUUGUAGCUGGAACUUUUGGCUAUCUUGCUCCAGAGUAUAUGCAGAGUGGUAGAGCAACAGAGAAGACAGAUGUUUAUAGUUUUGGGGUGCUUAUGCUUGAAGUCAUAAGUGGGAAGAGGCCAACCGAUGCGUCAUUUAUUGAGAAAGGCCUUAAUAUUGUCGGAUGGUUGAAUUAUUUAAUAACAGAAGAUCGACAACGAGAAAUCAUCGAUACAAACUGUGAAGGAGUGGAAUCAGAAACCCUAGAUGCUCUUCUUUCAGUGGGGAUUCAAUGUGUAUCUUCAACACCAGAAGAGAGGCCCACAAUGCAUAGGGUAGUACAAACACUUGAAUCUGAAGUCAUGACUCCAUGUCCUAGUGACUUCUAUGAUUCUGCUUCUGAUUAAAACGGGUCGGGUUUUUAUUUGGUUGGGUUUAUAUUUAUUAAGAUUCUUUGAGCAGAAGGUAGAUUGGUGGUAAGUAAGAAAAGCUUCAUCUACAACUACAAGUGUGUAUUGUUUUUUUGGAGUAGUAGUCAUGGUUGAGUUUCUGGCCCUUGUGAUUAUAUUUUUGGCUUUUUGUUAUAUUGAAAAAAUGCAUCGUUUAUUGUCGUUGCACCUUUCCCAUGUAUAUUGAUGCUAGUUUUAAUCGAUUUUAUGA